GGUGUGGACUUAUCUUACAUCAAAGGAGACGACACCAGCGCCUGCGCUUCCCUGGUCAUUCUCAGCUACCCGGCUCUUGAGGUGCUGUACGAGGAUUGCCGGAUGGUGGCUGUGAGUGCCCCGUACGUGGCAGGAUUCUUGGCCUUCCGGGAGGUCCCUUUCCUGGUGGAAGCUGUUCAGAGACUUCAGCAAGGAGGCCCCNNNNGGCUUUUUCAGGUACUUCUUGUAGAUGGGAAUGGCCUGCUCCAUCCCAGAGGAUUUGGUGUGGCCUGUCACCUCGGGGUCCUGACGGAUCUACCAUGCAUUGGAGUGGCCAAGAACCUCCUGCAGGUGGAUGGCUUGGUCAGGGAUGAGCUGCACAGAGAGCAGAUUCGUUCCCUGCAGAGGGAAGGAGAUACGUUCCCCCUGAUAGGCACUUCGGGCAGAGUCCUGGGCAUGGUCCUGCGUAGCUACAACAGCAGCUCUAAGCCGCUUUAUAUCUCUGUGGGUCACAGGGUGCGCCUGGAGACAGCCGUGCGUCUAGUCAAGUCCUGCUGCAGGUACCGGAUCCCGGAGCCCAUCCGUCAGGCUGAUAUUAGAUCGAGGGAGUAUAUUCGGAAGCAGCUGUGUUCACCACUGGAGGUCAUAUCAUCUGGGCCAGAAAG